UUGUUUCCAUCAAUGAACGGUUUAACAUAAUCGUGACCAUGAAAUGGACGGAUAAAAUCAUUGGACCAUCUUCUCAUGUGGGCUCCGGAGGUUGACCACUAACGCCCUUUCCUACCUCGCGACGCACGAAAAACGAAUUCCCCAACCGUAAUUUAUCUUACUGCCAGGUCACCUAUCGUUGGAAAGUUUGAAACUUUCAACCAUUUCUCAACCACGCGUCUUCUUCCAAAUCUAGCCGUUGGUUCCCGCCACCGUAAAGACAAAAAAAAACCGACGGCCCACCAAUCCUCUUGCCACAUCACAGAUAGCUGGAAUUUGAAAUCCUCCCCUGCUGACGUGGAGGUUAUUACAAACGAAUUCUACCGUUGGUUCCCAAGGUAAAAGGAGAAGAAAGAGGACUUCGAAAAACCAUUUCCAUUGAAUCCGAGCUCCUUCCGGGCUCGGUUAGCCGGCAAUAGUUCUACCGGCUACCGGAAUCCGACCUGAGAAGCUCUAGAACCAAUCAAUUCCACAACCAUGAUUGCCCACAACGAGAUCGCGUCCGCAGAGCUAGAAACUCAAAUCAAAGACUCCAACCCGGUGCCGCCGGUUGAAGAAAAUGCCGUGACUGUGGAUCUAAAACUACCAGAAAAGAAAGCGUUGCUCGAAUUCAAGACCAAAUUGCAAGAAGCCAUACUCAACAAGAACCUUUUCCAGCCACCCCGUGCUGAAAUUUCUACAGACAAGGGCUCUGAAGAGAAGACCCUUGUCCUGAAUUUCGAAGACACAUCAUUCCCAGUCGAGUCCAACGCCGAAGACAAUCUACAAGACAUUUCUCUAUGGGGGGUUCCGCUGUUACCCAGCAAAAAUCAUGAGGGCACCGACAUAAUUCUCCUCAAGUUCUUAAGAGCAAGGGAAUUCAAGGUAUCCGACGCUUUUGAAAUGCUACGGAGGACACUGAAAUGGCGUAAGGAGUUCAAGACAGAUGGGAUUUUGGAGGAGGAUUUGGGGUCCCACCUUAAACAUGUGGCCUACAUGAAUAGCACAGACAAGAAAGGUCACCCUUUGUGUUUCAAUGUCUAUGGGGUUUUUAAGGAUAAGGAGAUGUAUGACAAUGCAUUUGGGACUGAUGAGAAACGUGAUGAGUUUUUGAGGUGGAGGGUGCAAUUGAUGGAGAAGGGUAUCCAGGAUCUGAAUUUUAAGCCUGGGGAGGUGGCAUCAAUGGUCCAAAUUACUGAUCUGAAGAACUCGCCGGGACCUGCCAUGAAGGAGCUGCGAGUCACCAUGAAGAAAGCUCUAUCACUUCUUCAAGAAAAUUAUCCCGAAUUCGUCGAUAGAAAUAUAUUCAUAAACGUUCCCUUUCGAUGCUAUGCAUACCAUGCAUUGUUCUCUCGCUUCUUAACACAGAGAGCUAAAAGCAAAUGUAUUUUUGCCCGGCCAUCCAGAGUCCAAGAGACCCUUCUCAAGUAUGUGGCGGCGGAAAAUGUUCCAACUAAAUAUGGUGGCCUUAAAAGAGAGAAUGACGAAGAAUUUUCGGCAGAGAAUGGAGACGUUUUGGAGAAGGCCAUCAGAAGUGGAGGGACGGAAACCAUUGAAUUUCUGAUUAUUGAGCCAGGGGUGACAGUGGUAUGGGACAUGAUAGUGGUGGGGUGGGAAGUGACAUACAAGGAAGAGUUCAUACCAGAUGAUGAUUGCUCAUACAAGAUACUGAUUCAAAAGGAGAAGAGAAUGGAAAAGAGUGUUAGGAAUUCGUUCUACAUAAAUGAGCCAGGGAAGGUGGUACUGACUCUAGAGAAUAGAAGCUUCAAGAAAAAGAAGGCUUUCUACAGAUCCAAAUUCAAACCAACGCCUAUCCCUUUGUAUAAUUUCUUUAAAUGAUUAGAUUUUUUUUCUUCAUUUUUUUUUUACAAAAUUUUCUUCAAUGAUCAUGUAUUUUAUUUUUAUUUCAUUUCUA